GCAAAACGUCAAACUUGUUUUGUUUAUUUGCUUUGUCAACACAGAACCUUCACGCCACGAAAAAACCGCAAGUAAAAUUAAUUAUUUUCUGUUGUGUCUGACUUCCCGAGAUAGCGAUAUCGAUUAAAUAAGAAGCAAACAGGGCGCGUCGUCUAGUCGUUUAUUCCCGCAGGAAGCUUACACGUGACAGGAUGGAGGUGGCCAACAACGGGGAACGGCAUCCGGCCGAGCUGAAGAAACAGAUGCGCGAGGACAAACAGCGGGAAGCUAAGGUUACGGAGCAGUUGACCAAGCAGCUGAACGGCCUGUCGGUGGAGGAGAAGUUCAACCUGGUGUACAAAAAACUGAUCGAGUCGGAGAAGGAGAACAAACGGCUGGUGCAGCUCCACAAGCAGUACGAGCGCAACAUGGAAGCGAUGAAGAAGGAGCGCGAGAACAUGAUCCUGGAGCACAGCAAGGUGGCGAUGACCAAGUCAAAGCUGGAGUCGUUGUGCCGCGAGCUGCAAAAGCAGAACCGCAUGAUCAAGGACGAGAGUCUGACCAAGAUCAAGGAGGAGGAGGAGAAGCGCAAACAGACGCAGGAAAAGUUCCAAAAGUCGCUGAACGAAAUCCAGGUCGUGAUGAACGAGAACAACGAGAAGAACCAGGCGCUGAAGGAGGACAACAUGGAGAUGGCCAAGAAGUUCAAGUUCAUCCUAGAGCAGUACGAGCUCCGGGACCAGCAGAUGGACAAGGUCAACAAGCAGAUGGACUUGAUGACGCAGCUGAACGACGCCAAGCUGGCCAAGGCGAACAUGGAGACGGCCGCCGAGAAGGAGAAGUUCCUGGCUGAGAAAGAAAUCAUCAUGACCGAGCUGGUGAAGGUGAAGAAGCAGCUGCGGGACCUGCAGCAGGUCGAGGUGCAUCUGCGCGAGCAAGUCAACAUGUACUCGGACAAGUACGGCGAGUUCCAGGACUCGCUCAAGAAGAGCCACAACAUCUUCGUCGGCUACAAGGGCGACAUGGAGAAGAUGUCCAAGAAGAUCAAAAACCUCGAAAAGGAUUCCGGCUCGUGGAAGAGCAAAUGGGAAAAAAGCAACGCCGCCCUGCUGGAUCUCCUGUCGGAGAAGCAAAUCCGCGACGAGCACAUCCACAAAACGGCCCGCCAAAUGUUCCAGCUGCAGAAGCUCUGCCGUCAGCUGCAGAACGAACGGACAGCGUACUUCAGCGCCCUCGAACAGAACAGCAUCGAAAUUCCCGCCGUCGUUGAAGUGCCCUGCAAGCUGCCCGAACCGGAACCGGAGCCGGAAAAGCCCACCAAGAAGGAGGAGGACCGGCUCGAGAUCAUGACCGCCAACUGUUCCGCACUGAAGGCCAACCUGGCCGCCCUCCAGGGACAGCUGAGCGAGAUUCAGUUACAAAACGAGACGGCGGAAGCGACCAAGGAAGAACAACCGGCCGAAAAGACCAACGGACAGUCCAAGAAGGGCAAAAAAGACAAAAAGGGAAAGCAACAAGUGCCUCAGAAGACCAGCUCGGAACAGCCGGAGUCGGAGGUGAAACCGGAAGCGAAUGGAACGGAACCGGAGAAGACGGAAGUGGUCAUCGAAGCCAAAGUUCCGACAGAACAACCCGCUGAAGUCAUCGCUGCAGAGGUUACGGACGUGACGAAAGCGGAACCGACAGCCGAAGCCGUGGCGACGUAGACAAUCAAAGGGGCCGGGGAGGGACCUGGAAGUGGUUGAUACCGCGUGACCAAUAUGUAAUCUGUAUGGAAAUGUGAGCGUUUGAUUCGUUUGUCAGUCUAGGAUUUGUGGGGAUGUUUUAGACGUCCUUGCGGAUACUCUUAGGUUUCUUUUUUCGUUCAUCCAAAAAACAUAUUUAUUGAACUAAAAUUUUUAUUCAUCAAAUAAAUAUUACGCCGACAUCUAA